ACGUUAUUUACAGGGAGGGGGCACUGGCGACGGCGAACUCUUAGCUUCGACUAUCAAGCCUCUGCUAAAAUCACCGCUCUCUCUCCAAGGAAACAAAAAAACCAAUAUAGAAUUCGGUUUGACGGCGCGCGUCAAAGCAGAGACCCUCUCUCCACACGACAACGCGCUUACCCGUGGAAUGAGCAUUCCAUGCAGCAUCCGAGGUAUGAAUGACGUGGCCUGGCAGGAGACAAGAGGUGGGAUGCUGCAUGCAAACGGUGCUCCUGAGACUGGAGGCGUAAGAGUUCACGUUGGGGGGGCACUAGCCGCAGUUGGAGUAGCUGGACAGGCUCCCGGAGGCCCUCAUCUACAGGGCAUGGACAGGGGCCCUAACCCUACCCCGGGCACCCCUCAGCCUCCGCUGAGUGGACGAUCUCAGGAUGACGCCACAGUCGGAUACUUCUUUCAGAGGCCGCCUGGAGAGCAGCUUGGGGGUUGUGCUCCCAGUAAGCAUCGUUGGCCCACUGGAGAUGCCAAUCAUGUUGACCAGGUCCGAGCUGAGGAUGAAAUGAACUACGACUUUCAAGCCCUUGCUUUGGAGUCAAGGGGCAUGGGAGAGCUUUUGCCUGCGAAAAAGCUUUGGGAUUCUGAUGAAUUGGCCAAAGAUGGAAGGAAAGGGAUGCUUCUUGGAGAGGAAUGGAGGGACAAUGCCUGGGGUACAUCCCAUCAUUCAGUGUCUCAGCCAAUCAUGGUGCAGCGGCGACCAGGCCCGAGUUUCCACGGCAAUGGCGAUGCCAAUUCCGUGCUUUCACCUCGCUCAGAAGGUGGAGGCCUAGGUGUGAGCAUGGUGGAGUAUGUCCUUAGUUCUUCUCCUGGUGACAAGAUGGACAGUCGCUACAGGAAUGGAGGCUAUGGUGGAGGAGAUGCUGACCAAGAUGGCAGAGAGAAGAAUGAUGCCCAAGAGAAAAUUUCACCCUUUGAAGAGGACAAGAGCCCAGAGAUGAAGGUGGGAGAGGAGACCGAUCCAGCCAAAGCCAACGGUAGAAGUCUACUAAACGGCAUGGACAGGGACUGCAAAGACUUCAAUCCUACCCCUGGAAGCCGUCAAGCUUCCCCCACAGAGGCUGUGGAGAGGAUGGGCCCGAGCCAGACGGGCUUGGAGAUGAUGGGACAGCACCACCCUCAUGUCCUCCAACAACAGAACCAUGCCCAACACAAGGCUCCCGAGGAAUUCCACAACCAGGAAGCACAGAACAUGGGAGGAAUGGAGCAACCAGCCGGCGUGGAGUCCCUCCAGUUUGACUAUGCUGGGAACCAGAUUCAGGUGGACUCCUCUGGAACUCCAGUAGGAUUGUUUGACUACAACUCUCAGCAGCAGUUGUUUCAGAGAUCCAAUGCCCUGGCUGUUCAACAGCUCACUGCAGCACAGCAACAACAAUAUGCCCUGGCUGCAGCCCAGCAGCAGCAUCUCGCUGGCCUUGCUCCUGCAUUUGUGCCAAACCCUUACAUCAUUAAUGCUGGCCCCCCUGGAACUGAUCCCUACACUGCCGCUGGGCUGGCAGCCGCAGCUUCGCUUGCAGGGCCCACAGUGGUUCCACCACAGUACUACGGUGUCCCUUGGGGCGUGUACCCUGCUAAUCUUUUCCAGCAACAGGCCGCAUCUAAUGCCAAUCAUUCAGCUAAUCAGCAAGCAUCCAAUCAGGGACAAGGACCAGGCCAACAACAGCAUUAUUACUUUCUCCCCCAGGUGAUGCGCACAGGAACCAACCAGCGACCUCUCACUCCUGGGCAGGGCCAGCAGAGCCAGCAAGAAUCUCUAGCUGCAGCAGCCGCUGCAAACCCUGCAUUGGCAUACGCAGGAAUGCAAGGUUACCAGGUGUUGGCCCCUGCAGCUUACUAUGACCAGAACGGAGCUCUGGUGAUGGGCCCCGGGGCCCGAGCUGGUCUAGGUGGGCCAGUUCGUUUAGUCCAGACCCCUCUCCUCAUCAACGCUGCUGCGGCACAGGCUGCAGCUGCGGUGUCUGCAUCUGGCUCCGGAAACAACAUGUCUGGUCCCCCAGCCAAUGGGCUGUACCGCUCCAUGCCUCAACCUCAGCAGCAGCAGCAGCAGCAGCAGCAGCAGCAGCAGCAGCAGCAACAGCAGCAGCAGCAGCAGCAGGCUCCCCCGCCCAGCAGCGGCCUGCCCUCCAGCUCAUUCUACGGCUCCGGAUCUGUCCCCAACACUUCUCAGAGCAGCUCCCUUUUCUCGCACACCUCUGCCGCCCAACAACCAAGCUCCUCCCUGGGCUUCAGCAGCACAGGCGGCUCCCUCGGCGUCGGUCUGGGCUCCGCUCUUGGAGCCUUCGGCUCAUCUGUAUCCAGCUCUACCAGUACCAGUGUAAAUCGCAGGGACUCCCUGUUGGCAAGCUCUGACCUAUACAAACGCGGCGGCAGCAGUUUAACUCCCAUUGGCCAGCCUUUUUACAACAGCCUGGGUUACUCCUCUUCACCCAGCCCCAUUGGCCUUACACCAGGCCACUCCCCACUGACUCCUCCACCUUCUCUGCCCUCUUCUCAUGGAUCCUCUUCCAGCCUUCACCUAGGUGGCCUGACAAAUGGCAGCGGGCGUUACAUUUCUGCAGCCCCGGGAGCUGAGGCAAAGUACCGGAGUGCCGGUGGCACAUCCAGCCUGUUCAAUUCCAGCAGCCAGCUGUUCCCUCCGUCUCGGCCCCGUUACAGCCGCUCUGAUGUUAUGCCGUCCGGCCGCAGCCGCCUACUGGAAGACUUCAGGAACAACCGCUUCCCCAACCUCCAGCUCCGUGACCUUCCAGGACACAUGGUGGAGUUCUCUCAAGACCAACAUGGAUCCAGAUUUAUCCAACAGAAGCUGGAGAGGGCCACUCCUGCUGAGAGGCAGAUGGUGUUUGGAGAGAUUCUGCAAGCAGCAUACCAACUGAUGACCGACGUCUUUGGGAACUACGUCAUCCAAAAGUUCUUUGAGUUUGGAAGUGCAGACCAGAAGCUGGCAUUGGCAACACGUAUCCGUGGACACGUACUUCCCCUGGCUCUGCAGAUGUAUGGUUGUAGGGUCAUCCAGAAAGCCCUAGAGUCCAUUUCCUCAGACCAGCAGGUAAUUAGCGACAUUGUCCGUGAGCUGGACGGCCACGUGUUGAAGUGUGUGAAGGACCAGAAUGGGAACCACGUGGUACAAAAGUGCAUCGAGUGUGUCCAGCCUCAGGCCCUACAGUUUAUUAUUGACGCCUUCCAAGGCCAGGUGUUUGUGCUGUCCACACACCCUUAUGGCUGCAGAGUGAUCCAAAGGAUUUUGGAGCACUGCACCCAGGAGCAGACUCUCCCCAUCCUGGAAGAGCUGCAUCAGCACUCUGAACAGCUGGGCCAGAAAUAUCAAGGCGUAUCAUUGGAGAUGACACCCAAAACAUAUUAUACAGUGUCCCGCGAUGCACUGUUCAAGGAUCAGUACGGUAACUACGUAAUUCAGCAUGUUCUGGAGCAUGGCAGACCGGAAGAUAAGAGCAAGAUAGUGGCAGAGGUUCGCGGAAAGGUUCUUGUCCUGAGCCAACACAAAUUUGCAAGCAAUGUUGUCGAGAAGUGUGUGAUCCACUCUUCGCGUGCCGAGAGAGCUCUGCUGAUAGAUGAAGUGUGCUGCCAGAAAGACGGGCCUCACAGCGCCUUGUACACCAUGAUGAAGGAUCAGUAUGCCAACUAUGUCGUCCAAAGAAUGAUCGACAUGGCCGAACCUGCCCAGCGCAAAAUCAUCAUGCACAAGAUUCGGCCUCACAUUGCCACUUUGCGCAAGUACACCUAUGGGAAGCACAUUCUGGCCAAGCUGGAAAAGUACUACAUGAAGAGCGGAUCUGAACUGGGGCCCAUCGGCGGCCCCCCAAACGGCCUCAUGUAGUCACGUCCACAUCCCAGGUCCCCUGAAGCAGAGGAAGAAGAGGAGGAGGAGGAGGAGGAGGAGGAGCCCCCAAAAAAACCCUGUUCUGUGAGAGAUGCCCCUUAGCCAUAGGACCUUUUGACACACUCUGACAUCCCAUUUUUUGGGGGGGGAAUUACCAAAAAAAGAAAUAAAAAGACAAGUCAUCUUCACCUAUGAACGCUGUGACAACUGAUCCCUGCCACUCUGCCACCCCUGGUGCAGGUCCCCAGCGUGGCCCCGAGGGUUUUACAAAGUAAGCAGGCCGUUAUCCUUUUUCUUUUUCCUGGGUAAAGCACAAGCCCAUUGUUAAUGAUGUAAUUGAUGUAUUUGAAUGAUUUUCAUAUUACCUUGUACAUUUAGUUUUUUACCUUGUAAAUUCUCUGUAGAAAAAACUAAACUUAUUACACAUUUGCUGAAAUUUACAAUUCUUACAAAUAACACCAGCAAGUGACUUUAUAAGGCUAAACUGAGAGAUCCUUUUAAAAUAACAACACACAAUUCCAUUUGCUUUUGUAACCAGACUUAUUAAAUCUUGGCAAUUUGAUAUUUGUAUAUUAUCCCGUGCACAGUAAAAAGAGUUUUCCCAUGCCAAAGCAGCUGGUGGAUUAGUUUUCAAUAGCAUUACAUAGUAUGGAUGGAUGUAAACUCGUCCGUCCACAGGUGAGUACUAUGUCACGUGCCACAGUCACUCGGGUCUUCAAGACCGUUUUGCGAGCUUGGCUUUGGGGGAUUGGUGCUUUAGUCUAGGGUAGUGUUUUCCAGUGGUGGUGGCUUUUUUUCUUGCCUCCUUUUCCAGGCUAAGUGGCGGCGCGUGUUUACCCCAGCAGCUUGAAGUCUGCCUGACGUUUUCGGUACUUAAUAUCCACAGCCUGACAAAUAUGAGCUGCUGCAUCCACUGAGCCCCAUUUGAGCCGUCUUACUUUUCCCCCUCAUCCACGUGAUCACUCUGGGGGGUUCAUGCAAGAUAAAAGCUGCCAUUAACUUCUAGAAGCAGAGCAUGAGGUUUGGUUGUACAGCGGGUGUCUAACCUGGUAUAAUCUUUACAUGAAAUGACCGUAGUGGGAGCUUUUUUUUUUCUUUUCGUGGGAAUAGUGGGGUGGGAGCGCGGGGUAUGCGUCGGCAUGCUGUGACAGGUUUUAAUCCUUGGAAUGAUUUUUUUCUUCCUUUAUCAUGAUUUGUGUAACAUCCUAUCUGUCUUGUAGUUUUGAGAUGAACACUGCCCUAGAAAACAGUAUCUUUUUUGUACUGAAUAAUCAUCUCCUGCGUAGUAGUAGUUUAACCAUGUAUAGCAUCUUUAUGUAUGAGUAAAUUGUUGCUUUUGGGUUAGGGGCGGGGCUUGCACAGAUGAUGGGACCCCCACCGCCUGAAGGUCAGAUUAGUUGGGGAAAAAAAGUCAUGAAGUGAAGCGUAUCCCAGAUAUUGUACAUCAGAGGUGAAAUGAACUAGAUCUAGACAAGUGGAAGAAAGGGAUAAUGAAAGAUUUUUUUUUUUUUUUUUUUUUUUUUAAAUGGUCCUGUUUUUGUUUUUUAAUAAUUGUUUCAUUUGGUCGGUUAUGCAAGUGCAUUGGUGGAGGCCGGUGGGGCCAUCGAAGGCUAUACAAUUCACCUGUAAUGCUCGUAGUGAUGGCUUCUUUGCUUCAUAUGAAUAAUUGUAGAAUACAUGUAGUAUAUGUGCAGUUAUUAAGUGUAAGAUUAUUAGUUUAACUGAGAAAAAAAAAAGUCUAGUUGUGGUGUUUUGACAGGCCUUGCUCUAAAUUUGUAGUGUUGCUUUUAUUUCGUCUGUACAGUUGUACAUUUGUAAACGUUUAUGCUGUAAAUGGGAUGUCUUUUACACUUUUUUGGGGGGGAAAGGCAAAAAUGUGCAUUUUGAUGUGUGUGUAUAUUCAUCACUCCUCCCCCCCUGAAUAUAAUGUAUACAGUUUUAUUUGAUCAAGUGUAAUUUUUAAAAAAGAAGAAAAAAAAAUUUAUGGCUUCACAAUCUGGCAUGGUUUUUGUUUUUAAUCUGUUAUGGGAAAGGCCAGCCUCUAUUUGUACUGGAGCUGUAACAUCCACUGUUGAUAGUCUUUCUGAUGUGUGACAGUUUAAGAAGGAAAAAAAACGAAAAAAAAACACUCUAUACUAAAACUGAGGCUGCAUUUUGUCCUCUCUGCUACCAUGGAAACUUCACAGGAUAUGACAAGAAUUAUUUUUGUACAGAAGAGUGCUGUAUUUUGGAACAGCUAUUACCUUGUAAGCAAAAGCAGUGUAAAAUAUUGUCAAUUAUAUAAAUAUGAACAUAUGAGUUUUGUCACACUGUCAAAGUCAUGUACAUUUUCAGGUGGCCUUAUGUACAUUUCCAGAUGUUAGAUGAAGAAAACAAACUCAUUUUUGGAAGCAGAAUUGUGACUAUGUAUGAUUAAACUGUUCUUCUAACAUUUGA